AUGAAUGCUUAUUGCUUGACACCAGUCAUCCUCAUACUGUUUUGCACCACUGUCAUCUCCAGUUUUCAGUGCAACCACCUUCCUUUACAGCAAAGAAAAGUGAUUGAGAACAGCCUGCGACUUUUGGACAAAAUGGGCAAAAAGUUUCCUCAACAGUGUCUAAGGGAGAAAACGUCCUUUGGAUUUCCUAAGCAGGUUCUACAGCCCAGACAGAAAGAUGCUGUCAAAGCUGCCAUUGAAGAGGUCUUCCAACACAUCUUCUACAUCUUUAGCAAAAACCUGACUCUAGCUGCUUGGGAUGGGACAGCUUUGGAUCAGUUCCAAAACGGACUUUAUCAGCAAAUCGAGCAAUUGGAGGGAUGUGUUAUGAAAAAGCACAACCACUACUGUCGGACUAAGGAAAUCAGCAGGCUGAAACUGAAAAAGUACUUCCAAAAAAUAGACUAUUUUCUUAAAGACAAACAGCACAACCGGUGCUCCUGGGAGAUCAGCCGUGCAGAAAUGAGGAGAUGUCUUCAGCUGAUUGAUAAAGUCACAAGAAAGCUUAACAACUAA